CUCGCAUUCCUGAACGUGAGAAAAGGGCCGAAUUUGGUGUAAUAACACAAGAAUUUAAAGCUCUUAAUAUUUCCCACAGCUUAACAUCUGAUGAAGAAAUGGAAAUACAAAAUACUUCACUUAAAGAUGAUUUUAAUGGAAUAAUGAAAGAUUUUACAAAAGAUCAAGAUAAUAAAAAUUUAGAUGUUCCUAUUAUAAAUCAAGAUUUAAAUUUAGAAUCUGAUGAUGGAUCUGAAACAAUAUUUACCUCUAGUGAUCAAGCUGAUAUGAAGUUAAGUGAUGAUAAAGUUCAACUUGAUGAAAUAAUACCUCAACCAAAUGAUGAAGAUUCUGAAAAUUCAAGAUUGAAUUGUGGAAGAGCUUUGUCUAUUUCAACGGUCCAUCAAAAUUGGGCAAAAUCAGAAGGUCCAUUUUCUGAUACUGAAUUGGAUGAAACGCGCAAGCCAGAAAAGCCGAUAGAGCGAAGGAUGCACAAAAUUAGUCCUUUAAGUGAUACUGAAUUAGAGUAUGAACCUACUAAACCAGAAAAGAGUAAUAAUGAAUGGUCAUGGAGAUGGGGAGCAUUACCAGUAAGAACAUCUGAAAAAAUAGAACAUUGGCAAGAAGGUACUGGCGAUAAAGAAUGGAAAGAUCUUAAAGAUCAAGAAGAUUUUGGUUUUGGGAGAGAUGAAUUUUCCGAAAACCCGCAAUUAUUGAAUGAUAAAUCUUUAGUUUUCAAAUAUGAUAACAGGUUUCAUAAUGAAUUUAAAUCAAUUUUUAAUGAUUUUCAGUUUUCACAACUAUUCAUUAACGUAAUAUUUAUGAUUAUUAGAUAUUUCACAGGACCUGCGAUAUUACCCUUGAUUACUUCUUUACUUGUGUUCAAAAAACCGCUUCCUGAAAAAGAAAAUGUUUCUUCUCAAGAUACAAACAAAUCAACUAAAUUCUAUGCUAAAACUCUUCGUUUAAC